AUGCCGCUCCUCCUCUACCCCUUCUCCGCGUGCGUGCCGCCGCCGCGGGCGCUGCUCCGCCGCCUGUCGCCGCCGCCGCCCAUGGCGGCCGUCGCUCCGCCGCCUCCCGCCGUCCGCAUACUUCCCUCGGUGGGAACGCUCGACCUUCCGGCUCUCCCGCCCCCGCCCACGGACGACUUCCACUGGCUCGACCUAUUCGCGUUCCUCAACUCCCCCGCCGACACCUACCACCAGAUCCCCCCGCAGCCGCAGGACGAGGAGGAGGAGGAGCGGGAGGCGGGGCUGGAGCUGGAACUGGAGCUGGAGCUGGAGAGGCAGCGGGAGCGGGCGCGGAGGGCGCAGCACCGGCGGCUGCGGCAGCGGCAGGUCAAGGCGGAGACGGAGGCCUGGGCGCGCGCCGCCGAGGAGUACCGCGAGAUCGAGCGCGAGAUGCUCGACCGCAGGCUCGCGCCCGCGCUGCCCUACGUCAAGUCGCUCUUCGUGGGUUGGUUCGAGCCGCUGCGGGACGCCAUCGCCAGGGACCAGGACGUGCAGCGACGGAAGCGGGUCAAGCACGUCUACGCCAAGUACCUGCUUCUGCUCCCCGCUGACAAGGUGGCCGUCAUCGUCAUGCACAAGAUGAUGGGCCUGCUCAUGUCCAGCAAGGACGGUACUGGCAGUGUCCGCGUUGUCCAGGCCGCGCACUGCAUCGGUGAGGCUGUUGAGCGCGAGUUCAAAGUCCAGUCAUUCUUUCAGAAAAGUAGGAAGAAGAAAGACCAAGGUGAAAAUGAUCCAACAUUGGAGAAGGAGCAAGCUAAAUGCCGUAAACGUGUUAAGAGUUUAGUUAAGAGGCAGAAGAUGAGUGAAGCACAGAAGCUAGUUCAACAGGAGUUGGAAUUGGAGGAAUGGGGCACAGAAGCCCAAGUGAAGUUGGGAAGUCGCCUGAUUGAGUUAUUACUGGAUUCAGCAUUUGUGCAGCCACCAGCUGAUCAAACACCAGAUAGUUCUCCAGAUAUUCGACCUGCAUUUAAGCAUGUGCUACGGCAGCCAAUAAUAGAAAAUGGGAGGCUAAAGAAGAAACAUUGGGUGAUAGAGUGUGACCAUCUUGUGCAUGAGGGGUUUGAAAGCACUGCUAGGCAUGUUGAUAUACCCUACCUUCCUAUGCUGGUACCUCCGAAGAAAUGGAAAGGUUAUGAUAAAGGUGGUCACCUUUUUCUGCCCUCAUACAUUAUGAGGACACAUGGUGUGAAGGACCAAAAGGAUGCCAUUAAUAGUGUUCCUAGAAAACAGCUGCGAAAAGUUUUUGAGGCAUUAGAUAUCCUUGGGAGUACUAAAUGGAGGGUGAAUAGAAGAGUUCAUGAUGUUGUUGAGACUAUCUGGAGUCGAGGUGGAGGCAUUGCCGGGCUGGUGGACAAGGCAAAUAUUCCUCUGCCUGAACGACCAGAAUCAGAGGACCCAGAUGAAAUCCAGAAAUGGAAGUGGAGUUUAAAGAAGGCAAAGAAAACUAACCGUGAACUGCAUGCUGAGAGAUGUGACACUGAGCUCAAACUCUCGGUUGCUUGUAAAAUGAGAGAGGAGGAUGGAUUUUAUUACGCUCACAAUUUAGAUUUUCGUGGUCGUGCAUACCCUAUGCAUCCUCAUUUGAGUCACCUAGGUUCAGAUCUUUGUCGGGGUGUUCUAGAGUAUGCUGAAGGGCGGCCACUAGGAAAGUCCGGGUUGUGCUGGUUGAAGAUACAUUUGGCUAACAAAUAUGGUGGAGGCGUUGAAAAGCUUUCUCAUGAGGGCAAGCUAGCUUUUGUGGAGAACCAACUGCUUGAUAUAUUUGAUUCAGCAGCAAAUCCUGUUUAUGGGAACUGCUGGUGGACAAAUGCUGAGGAUCCUUUUCAGUGUUUAGCUGCAUGCAUGGACCUUUCUGAUGCCUUAAAAAGUCCAUCACCUUGCCGUGCUGUCUCUCACCUGCCUAUUCAUCAGGAUGGUUCAUGCAAUGGUUUACAACACUAUGCCGCUCUUGGAAGGGACUAUAUGGGCGCGGUUGCUGUCAACCUUGUUCCCGGAGAGAAACCUGCAGAUAUCUACUCAGAAAUAGCUGCUAGGGUAUUGAAUGCUGUACGUGAAGACUCGAUGAAGGAUCCUGCUACUAACCCAACUGCUUCAUUAGCAAGAGUUUUAGUUGAUCAGGUGGAUAGGAAGCUUGUCAAGCAGACAGUCAUGACAUCAGUCUAUGGUGUUACAUACAUUGGUGCUCGUCAGCAGAUUACAAAGAGACUGCAAGAGAAAGGGCUGAUCACAGAUGAUAAAUUGCUGUAUGAUGUAUCAUGUUACGCUACUCGAGUAACUUUGGAUGCACUGGGACAAAUGUUCCAAUCUGCCCGUGGUAUAAUGGCCUGGCUUGGUGAUUGUGCGAAGAUGAUUGCUUCAAAAAAUCAACCAGUCAAGUGGACAAGUCCUGUUGGUCUCCCAGUUGUUCAGCCCUACAAGAAAUAUAAGAAUUAUAUGAUACGAACUUCUUUGCAAUGUCUGGCUUUACGGCGGGAGGGUGAUGCGAUUGCAAUCCAAAGGCAAAAGGCAGCUUUUCCACCGAAUUUUGUGCACUCACUGGAUAGUUCACAUAUGAUGAUGACAGCGAUUGCUUGCAAGGAGGCUGGUCUUCAUUUUGCAGGGGUUCAUGACUCAUUUUGGGUGCAUGCGUGUGAUGUUGAUCAAAUGAAUCAGAUAUUGAGACAACAAUUUGUGGAGCUUUACAGCAUGCCGAUUCUUGAAAAUCUGCUGGAGGAGUUCCAAACGGCAUUCCCGACACUAGAAUUUCCACCCUGCCCACCGCAAGGUCGGUCAUUGGUUGCCAUGAGAACUCAUGGUAUACUCCGUCCGCCCUGGAGUGCAAAGGUAAAUUAUGACAUGCCAGAACCAACUUCUGAAUACUGA